ACCCAUGUGGCCGCAGCACCUUCAGCCCGGAGAGCUCCAAGCUGGCCAAGGGAAACUGACAAGGAUUUUUCUAUAAUCCACCCUGAGAAUCUGACACACUGGAAGGCAUCCGUUUGCUCCCAAACUCAUUGCUUUAAGGGACAAGAACCAUGCGAGACAAUUUUAAAGGCUCUUUAAGGCUCCUCAGUUCCAUAGUGGUGCUUGGAUUUCAGCUAGUGAUUCCACAGCCCUCCAUCGACCACAGAAAGGUCCCACAAAGGAUAGAAGAGCAAAAUGCUGCCCCAGAAGAAGAUAAUACGGGAAUCCCGGGGGUGUGGGGCAGCUGGGGGCCCUGGUCAGCUUGUUCGAGAAGCUGCAGUGGUGGAGUGAUGGAGCAGACAAGGCCCUGCCUUCCGGGAUAUUAUUACGAGAGGAACUAUCUUAGGCCUGGACAGUACUCCGCCUCUGACAGGACUCUUGGUCAUCAGCAACCUCCCCACCAAGAAGACCCGCUGAAUCCUUACUCUGGCCAUGUCAUCUCCGCCAUCCGUACAUCAGUGCCUCUUCACAGGAAUGAGGAGCACCCACGAGCAGGACUCCGGGCCGGAGUCUCCUCAGGAGGACGUAACGACAGCAGGGGAGCGUCAAGAGGCGGACGGCUUUCUCAGUCCCGGAGACGGAGCCCCAAACCAGAAAGAAGAGGCAGAAAUAAAAACCCCAUUGGGCCCGGGAAGUAUGGCUAUGGGAAAGUGCCCUACAUACUACCGCUGCAGACGGACACAGGCCAGUUGUCACAGAAGCCUCGAAGGCAGCAGAGGCAGCCAACACGGAAUGCGUCAAACCAGCAGGCCUUUGGAGCCGGGACUCCGUUUGGGCCCCCGGUUAACCCUGUGCAUCACCAUGGAAGCCUGUACCAAGAAGACCACAGGCCUCCCCUCAGGCCUCAGGCGGCAAGUGGCUCCUUUUACCAGCAGGCUGCCCCCCAUUUGCAGGCCUUCCCCGCGGCACAAAGUUUGUUCCACGGUACAGACCUGAGCGCGCAUUUGCCCGUAGCCCGCCAGCCAGCCCAAAGCCAGAGGGCUGCAGCGAUCGUGUGCACCGGAGCCUACAAGCAAUACAAGCUCUGCAACACGAACGUGUGUCUUGAGAAUAGAAGCAUCAGAGAGGUUCAAUGUGCAUCCUACAACAACAAGCCUUUCAUGGGUCGAUUCUAUGAGUGGGAACCUUUUGCAGAAGUGAAGGGCAAUCAGAAAUGUGAAUUGAAUUGCCGUGCAGUAGGCUACCGAUUCUACGUGAGGCAAGCAGAGAAGGUCAUCGAUGGGACGCCAUGUGACCAAAACGGAACCUCCAUCUGUGUAUCGGGGCAGUGCAAGAGUAUUGGUUGUGACGACUAUCUUGGCUCAGACAAGCUGGUGGACAAAUGUGGGAUCUGUGGAGGGGACAACACAGCUUGCAAAGUUGUCUCAGGCGUCUUCAAGCACACCUUGACCAACCUUGGGUACCACAAAAUAGUCGAGAUUCCAGAGGGGGCGACGAAAAUCAACAUUACAGAGAUGUCAAAGAGCAACAACUACCUAGCAUUACGGAGUCGAUCAGGUCGAUCUAUUAUCAACGGGAACUGGGCAAUUGACCGACCUGGGAGAUAUGAGGGAGGAGGAACCGUGUUCACCUACAAACGCCCCAAUGAAAUCUCAAGCACAGCUGGGGAAUCCUUUUUAGCAGAUGGUCCAACAAAUGAAAUUUUGGAUGUCUACAUGAUACAUCAGCAGCCAAACCCAGGUAUACAUUAUGAGUACAUCAUUCCAGGGCCCAAUGUCAUUAGCCCUCAGGUGCCUCUUCAUAGACGUCCAGGGGAGCCAUUCAAUGGCCAGUUAGAUGUGGCGGAGACGGUGAAUUAUGAGGAGGAGUCUUUGCAUAGGGAGACAGGGCAGCCUGUGGGGACCUUCCCCGUGAUUCAUCCAGGAAGAUUUCCCUCUCAUCAGCCAGACAACCAGGUGCCUGCUGGCCAGCCACCAAGACGCAACCGGGAGCACAACUGGAAGCAGAUUGGAACAACCGAAUGCAGCACCACGUGUGGGAAAGGGUCACAGUACCCCAUCUUCCGCUGUGUGAACAGGAACUCCCAUGAGGAGGUGUCUGAGAGUUACUGCGACACCGCUACUAAGCCCAGUCCAGAGGAGGAAGCCUGCAACGUCUUCCCUUGCCCAGCCUUCUGGGAUAUAGGGGAGUGGUCGGAGUGCAGCAAGACCUGCGGCCUGGGAAUGCAACACCGCCAAGUCCUCUGCCGGCAGAUCUACGCCAACCGCACGCUAACGGUCCAGCCUCACCGCUGCCACCACCUGGAGAAACCGGAGACAACAAGUACGUGCCAGCUGAAGAUCUGCAGCGAAUGGCAAAUUCGGACAGAAUGGACAUCGUGUUCCGUGCCAUGCGGAGUAGGGCAGAGGACCCGAGAUGUGAAGUGCGUCAGCAACCUUGGGGACAUUGUUGACGAUGAGGAAUGUAACAUGAAGCUUCGCCCAAAUGACAUCGAGAACUGUGACAUGGGUCCCUGUGCCAAGAGCUGGUUUCUUACAGAAUGGAGCGACCGGUGUUCGGCGGAAUGUGGUGCUGGGGUCCGUACACGAUCCGUCAUCUGCAUGACCAACCAUAUCAGCAGUUUGCCACUGGAGGGCUGCGGACACAACAGGCCGUUAGAGACAACCCCCUGUGACAAUGGGCCAUGUUUGGGGAAAGUGGAAUGGUUUGCCGGAAGCUGGAGCCAGUGUUCAAUUGAAUGUGGCAGUGGAACCCAGCAAAGGGAAGUGAUCUGUAUCAGAAAGACUGAAAACAGCUUUGAUAUGUUGAAUCCCUAUGAGUGUUCGUUUCUGGAAAGACCUCCCAGCCAGCAAACCUGCUACCUCAAGCCUUGUGGUGCUAAAUGGUUUAGUACUGAAUGGAGCACAUGCUCAAAAUCCUGUGAAGUUGGCUUUCGAAUCCGAGAAGUGCGAUGUCUCUCAGAUGAUAUGACGCCCAGUACCAAAUGUGACACACAACUGAAGCCAGUGGAAAAAGAGCAAUGCAACACUCAGGACUGUGUGCCUGAAAUAGAUGAAAACUGCAAAGACAAAUAUUACAAUUGCAACGUUGUGGUUCAAGCCCGGCUCUGCGUCUACACCUAUUACAAGACGGCGUGCUGCGCGUCCUGCUUGAGAGUGGCUAACAGGCAGUCGGGGUUUCUGGGCCGCAGAUAACAGCGGCUCCACCGCUUGCAUCAGACCUCUGCCCAGUAGUUUGUGGCUGCUUGGGCUGCAACAGAUUCUACCUUCUCAACGAGAGGUUUUCCGUAUUGGAGAGCGCCUCCAAGGCGUGAUGGGAGCACGUCUGUGUGGUUAUCACUAACACACUGUAUAGGGACUCUUUGCCUUUUGGAAAUGUACACUGUAAACCCGGGGCUUUUGAAAUGGCAUCGGGCACGACCCACUGAGAGCAGGUCUGGGGACCUAUGAGGAGCCACCAGUGAUCCACAAAGGGCACAGGAAUGUCAAGAUCUCAACUAUUUAGAUAUUUAUCUUUAUUUGGGGCCAACGAAUCCCCAAACAGUGAGCUAGCUUCCUCAGGGUCAUAUAAUUUUCUUUACAUAAUCAUCCCAUGACACCCACUAAACAGGCUGAAAACUUUAUUAGGACCAAGGCAGGACUUUUGGUUCCUACCUAGACGUAACUCACAAGCAAUAGCCACCGAAAUGGAAAGUGAAAUGAAGCUAAAGUAGCAGCUUUGCCCUGAGAAUCCAGAGCAAACUAGCUCUACAGCUCAUCCCCGAAUUCCCUGUUGGCCGCAACAGACAACCUCCACGAUAUAACAUAUUACUUCUGA